AUGGUAUCUUUUUCUUCGGCUCUUAAUUUUAUUCCAUAUGAUGAAUUCAAUAAUAAUUUUAUAUUAGAGAAAAAAGAAAACAAAGCUAAGCAAAAAGCUUCCGAAAUACCGCCAAACAACUAUUCAACACAAGAAUCUCAAAUGCAACAUUCGAAGCGUGAUGUUUGCGGGGCUCCAGCUUUGAAUUAUAAUUUUAAUCAAAUCACUUGUGAAUCAUGUAAAGCAUUUUUUUUUCGUCGAAAUACAUUACGACACAUGAUAGGUUUCUAUUAA